AUGGAGUGUGGUGUGAGGGCCACCCCUCGUGCACACUCGUGCUACUGUUGCUGCUCGGUCUGCGGGAAUUCCACAAGACAAUCCGCCUCACUUGAUGCUUUCACCGGUGCCUUUAUGAUGACCACAUAG